AGUCAGCUCUAAUACUAUUUUACCUACCAUAAAAAAAACACUCCGUCAUUUAUACCAUAAUAACAGAUAGUUAAUAUACUCUCCUACCAUAUACAUCUACCUCAUAUAUCCCAUAAUAACAGAUAGUUACUAUACUCUCCUACCAUAUACAUCUACCAGAACGGUCCCUCGGGGGGGUUCUUUAAAUGGCCAUCGAUCUUGUCAACUGCUCCGGUGAGUGCGAAUGCACACAGGGCAACACACACCAACAGUCGCUAUUCGAUGCCCAGGCCUGGUGCUGCGUCUAGUAGUGCUGUGAGUGUGGAUAAAAAGCCGGCUGCCACAGACACACCGACAGCAACGUCAGCCACAUGGUGGAGGUAUACUGGACUAAGCUCAGCAUUCGCCUCCACACCCAACACCUCGGAACCCAAAGUAACCAAUGCACCUUCGCCUGCACGCACACUGGAGACAGCCGUGUCUGAUACCGGGACGGUCCCGGUUUGCGAUACGGAACCGGCGGCGGUAGAGAGGGCCUUGCAGGCGAGGGGGGCAGGGCAGGGCUGGUUGAGCGGAUGGGGUUAUCGUACGGGAAAGCCAAGUGUUAAAUUAGACUGA